AUGGCGGGGCAUCAAAAGCAAAGUCUAGAACGGCGAUCCGUCGUCUCGUCUUUCAUCUUCCAUCUACCCCAUUCGCGAUCCGAAAAGCCUCGCGUUGCGCUAUUCAAGCGGAGCACCAAAGUCAGUACUUACAAGUAUCACAUCGCGCCCAUUUCUGGAAGUAUCAGUCGGAAAGACCCGAACCCGCUCACGGCGGCAUGGCGGGAGCUCUCCGAGGAAACCCAGCUCAGUCCGGCUACGUUAACGCUCUGGCGGUUUGGGAAGCCGUUCUCCUUCGCGGAUGAGGCAGUCGAGCGGGAAUGGACUGUCCACCCGUUUGGGUUUCUGCUGAGGGGGGGAGUGGGGGAUAAUGCGAUUGAGAUUGACUGGGAGCAUGAGGGGUGGGAGUGGUAUGAUCCUACAACUGUGGUUAACGAUGACGGGUUUGAGAUGACGGGUGUUCCGCAUCUGAGGGAGAGUUUACGGCGAGUGUGGUUUGAGGGCGAGUUUGGUGGGGAGGCUGGGAGUACGUUGAGUGCUGGGUUGGAGAAGUUGCAGAAUGACCAUGAGAGUGGCUCGCAUGAGCUUACUUCUAUUGCGUUAAAGGUAUUCCGGGACUUCAUUGUGCAGAUGCAACCGCGGAUGGAAGAGGACGGGGAGAAGUGGUGGGAGGAUGUGGAGUUGGCUGUGUGGCAUCUUGUCAAGAAUGGGCGGGAGAGUAUGGGCGCGGCGACGCUGAAUGCCCUUCUUGCGAUAUUGGAAGAGAUGGAGGAGGUUUGGAAGCUUGAAUCAAGUUCCGAAUGGAAACUCGAGCGGAUGCUCACGAUUAUCGACCAUCAUUUAAAGAGCCGGACGAGUCGCGCGGAUUUGGUCAAGGAGAUGUUUGCAUCCUACGUGAGAACGAAUUUCCUUUCUGGCGGGCAGUCGAAAGACAAGCUUACCAUAGUUACCUUGUCUGCUAGCUCGACGAUUCGUGAUAGUAUCGUGGAAACCUUUACUUCCUUGGAUAUAUCAAAACUUGAGUUGCGCAUCCUCGAGUCCCGUCCGCUAUUCGAGGGCGUCAGCAUCGCAUCUUCUAUAUUGUCACACUUCCAAGAGAAGUGCAAGGAUACACCGGAUAAGAAGUUACAUAUCAGCCUCUAUGCCGACGCACCGGCUGCCGUGGCCGCAGAGGGCGUGGAUAUCGUUCUUUUGGGCGCAGACCGGAUUUCUAGAUCCAAGGGGGUCAGCAACAAGACCGGGUCUCUUCCACUGGCGCUUAGCACAAAGCACAUCACGCCAGCCGCUAAGAUUGCUGUACUUUCUGAGCUCGAAAAGGUAAACGGUGAGAACGGCGUCAUUGAUGAUGAGAGGCAUGAGGACAAUGAUCCGGCUGAAGUGGUCAACGCAUGGAAGAGCGCGGGGGUCAAAGGCGUGGAGUCUGUAGAGGCGUUCAGCGACCCCGCUCGAGCUGGCAAUUCAAACGUCUCGGUAGACGUGAGGAAUAUCUAUUUUGAGUGGAUUCCGUUGUCCUUGAUAGAUGCAUUCGUGAGUGGCGAGGGUGUUCUCAACGAUGAUCGAAUCCUUGAGAAGGCAAACCAGCAGCAAGAACUGGCGAGUCGCUAUUUUGAUAGCAUCUCUGUUCGGUACUAG